CUCAGCUCUGCACUAGGAGACACAUUAGAUGGCUAUGUAAGAACAGAGGGGGCUUGGCUGCUUAGCACAAAGAAGCAAAUUUAUAAGACAAGUAGUGAAGAAGAAUGUGCGAAGCAAUGUGAAACUGAAAACAAAUUUAUUUGCAGGGCCUUCUUAUUCACCAGUAAAGACCAACAGUGUUUAACGUUGGCUGAGAACACCAAAAGAGCAGUAAUAUUCAGAAGGACAAAUGCAGUUCUCUAUGAAAAAAGAAUUUAUCUUUUAGAGUGCAAGAAGGGAAACGGGGUGGAUUACAGAGGAACAGAAGCCAAAACACAGACGGGUGUGCAAUGCCAGAAGUGGGCUGAUAAUGCACCCCAUAAGCCAAAUUACACACCUGAAAAAUAUCCCGAUGCAGGGUUGGAGGAAAACUACUGCAGAAAUCCCGAUAAUGAUGCAAAGGGACCUUGGUGUUACACAACAAAUCCUGCUACCAGAUUUGAUUAUUGUAACAUUCCAGAGUGUGAAGUGGAGUGCAUGCAUUGCAGUGGGGAAAACUAUCAUGGAGUAAUUUCAACAACAGUCUCUGGGAUUGAAUGUCAGCGUUGGGAUUCCCAGAAACCUCACUCUCAUGGAUACCUCCCUGAAAAUUUUCCAGAGAAGGAUCUGAAAAUGAAUUAUUGCCGUAAUCCUGAUGGUGAACCUCGGCCCUGGUGCUUCACUACCAGCCCCACUAAACGCUGGGAAUAUUGUGACAUUCCUCGUUGCACUACACCCCCACCGAUCCCUAAACCAGGGCGUCAGUGUCUGUCAGGAAGAGGAGAAGACUACCAAGGCACGGUGUCUGUUACAGAGUCGGGAAAUACCUGUCAGCAUUGGAGUGCUCAAUCUCCUCACAAACAUGCUCGCACUCCUGAAAACUACCCCUGCAAGAAUUUAGAGGAAAACUAUUGUAGAAAUCCUGAUAAUGAGCAGAGGCCAUGGUGUUACACCACCAACAGAACCGCUCGGUGGGAAUAUUGCACCAUACCUUCCUGUGAUGGACCAGAGUCACAGACCCCUGCUGUUGAUGUGCCUGAGCAGGCUCAAAUUAGUGAGGAGUGCUAUCGAGGCAAUGGUGUGAGUUAUCGCGGCACAAGUUCUUUUACUGUCACGGGAAAGAAAUGUCAAGCCUGGAACUCAAUGUCACCACAUCGCCACAAUAAAACGGCAGAACACUUCCCAAACGCGGACCUGAGGCAGAAUUAUUGCAGAAACCCAGAUGCCGAUAGCCGCCCAUGGUGUUACACCACUGACCCCAGUGUGAGGUGGGAGUACUGCAACCUGAAGAGGUGUGAUGAUCCUACGCAAGUGAAUUUACCCAAACCUCCUCAGACAACACUGCAACCAAACCCUGACUGUAUAAAUGGUAAUGGUAGAGAUUAUCGUGGUACAGUAGCAAAAACUGGAAGGGGCAGGACUUGCCAAGCAUGGAGUUCUCAGACACCUCAUAGCCAUGAUUAUUUCACUCCCCAAACUCAUCCGGAUGCCGGCCUAGAUAGUAAUUAUUGCAGGAAUCCUGAUGGAGAUGUGAAUGGACCUUGGUGUUAUACAACAGACCCAAGAAAAGCCUGGGACUACUGUGACAUUCCCAAGUGCCCUCCUUCUCAGUAUGAGUGUGGAAAAGCCAAGUUCAGACCAAAGCUGUGUGCUCAAAGGAUUGUUGCUGGGUGUAUUUCAAAUCCACACUCCUGGCCCUGGCAAAUCAGCCUUCGAACAAGUUAUGGCCUACAUUUUUGUGGGGGUACUCUCAUAGACCCACAGUGGGUUCUUACUGCUGCUCACUGUUUAGAGAAGUCAUCACGGCCAUCUGCGUACAGAGUAUUCCUUGGAUUACACAAAGAAAGAGCUUUAGAGUCAUCAGUGCAAAAACGAGAAGUCGAAAAAUUGUUCAAGGGGCCACGUGGAGUGGACAUUGCUCUGCUGAAAUUGAGCAGCCCAGCUGUCAUCAACGACCAUGUAAUCCCUGUUUGUUUGCCUAAAGAAAACACCGUGUUAGGAGGGAGAGAGGAGUGCUAUGUGACAGGCUGGGGGGAUACAAAAGGAACUGGUGGAGAUGGCUACUUAAAAGAAACUGGUUUCCCUGUCAUUGAGAAUAAAAUAUGCAACCGCCCUGAAUUUCUGAAUGGAAGAGUCAACAAUCAUGAGCUCUGUGCUGGGAAUAUUCAUGGAGGCACAGAUAGCUGCCAGGGGGACAGCGGAGGACCUCUAGUCUGUCUUGACCAAGAUAGAUUUGUCCAACAUGGAGUCACUUCUUGGGGUCUUGGAUGUGCCCAACCCAUGAAACCUGGUGUUUAUGUCCGAGUUUCUAAUUAUAUUUCUUGGAUGAAUGAUAUAAUGGAAAGAAACUGAUCCUAGGUCUUGGAUAUGGACUGCCCUCUCCUGGAAAGCAGUAUGCACAUAUAGAAAUAGAAGAUUCCAAGUGCAAUAUUAAAGUUGCAAUCAUUCCUAACAAAGUAAAAUAAAUGUGAUCAACCAUUU